AGAAGAGCUGCCGGUAAUUUAAACCGUAGAAGAAGAAGCGUGUCCGUGUCCACGUGAGAGGAUCAGCAUGGCUCCUCCAGGAGGGAAAAUAAACAGACCGAAAACCGAGCUCGGUAAGAAGCUUUUCAAGCGACGGCGAGUCCUGAGUCGAGAGAAGAGGAAGAAACAUCAGAUAGUCGGAGCCGUGGUGGAUCAAGGUCUCAUCACCGUCCAUCACCUGAAGAAGAGAAAGUCGAGUCCACGAACGAACAUCACUCUGUCAGGGAAAAAGAAACGAAAGCUGCUCAAACAGCUGCAGCACAUGCAGCAGGAGAAAGCCACUAUGGACGUUGAAUCGGCAGCUCCACCACCAAAGAAGCAGGACUCCUCGUCAGCUCCGACCAAGAAGAAGAAGAAGAAGAGGAGAGCAGCUGGAUCCCAGGAGGAUGUGGAGAUGGAGGAUAUUGAAUGAAGAGAGGACAGAAUUAUCUGCUGAUGCAGGACAGUGUCCUGUCUUUUAGUCCAGAGGAGGACCAGGACGCAGCUGAUCGUGGAUGGAGCUCUGGAACAUGAUGGAGUGAUGAAAGUAAAGUAGUGUUUUCACAGUUUGUGCCCAGAGGAAUGAAAAUCUUCUUCUGUUUGAGUCAGAGAACAAAAACAUGGAUCAACAUCAUGAAGUCAUCGAACGUUUUAAAGUCUGACUUUUGAGAUAAACCAAGAUUUUGACUUAUUCACCAAUAAUUUUGACUUAAACACAGAAAUGUCCUUAAUAUCUCAAAAUAUUGACUAAAUAUCUGUUAAUUUGGAGGG